AGUAUACUCUGACGAUUCGACGCGGGCGCAUGUCGUUAGCGUUAGCUGUAUUAUCCACUCGUGUGUUUUCUAUUUCCUUCAUGUAUUAUGGAAAACGCGUACCAAUGAUUCAGUGACCACUUAACACGAAACCUCGUUCAUAUAGAGCUCAGUGUAUCAACUUCUGCGAAUCUAUUGUGCGCAAACUUAAUUUGGACAGUUUUAUCUAUGUCGUGAUAAAGUGCCAAGUGUUUCGGUAUUGUUUUUGAUACUGUUAUGGUAAGCUGUUCUUGGAAAUUGGUCCCUGUCAUAUGUUUCGGUGAAUGAGUCAGUUAACAGGGGUCGGUAUUCUCAACUUUGUCAACGUGCUGCCUACGAUUUCUGAAGGCGUGACAAUGAGAGAAAAGAGGGGAGGCGCUAUGAGUAAAAUGCAAAAACUAAGAAAGCGCCUGUCCCUUAGCUUCGGUAGAUUAUCAACUAAAGACGAGCCGGAUGGAGAUAACGGUGAAUGUCGCAGUCGGCAGCAGAAUGGCGGAGGGCGCGGGAAGCUGCCGUACAAUGGCUAUUCGGAGGAAUGUCUCGAUAGGCUUGAGCCAAACGGGAAUAUACCACACGACAAGGAACCGCACUACGAAUGGAGCGGUGGUGCGGGUAAUGGGGAAUAUCGAGUUCGGAGGCAGUUGUCUGUAUCAUCAGAUUCGAAGCUUCUGGACGAGGGGGCUCGGGAGGACGCAAGAGUGGUGAUGAGGCCCAAGAGGCCGCCUCGGCCCAAGUCUGAGGCCUUUUUGGGCCCACAUGACCACUCCAAUAGACGCACCAAAAGAUUUAGUGCCUUCGGGGGUGAUUCUCCGUUCGGAAAAUCCGAAGCUUAUAUUAAACUUGAGCAGCUCGGUGAGGGUUCCUACGCCACUGUAUAUAGAGGAUAUAGCAAUUUAACUCAGCAAGUAGUAGCACUAAAAGAGAUCAGACUGCAGGAGGAAGAGGGUGCGCCCUUCACGGCGAUCCGUGAGGCGUCGCUGCUGAAGGAGUUGAAACAUGCGAAUAUUGUCACACUACACGACAUUGUUCACACGCGGGAGACGCUCACCUUCGUCUUUGAAUUUGUGGACACGGAUCUAUCACAGUACAUGGAGAGGCAUCCUGGUGGUUUGAAUCACCAUAACGUCAGACUGUUCAUGUUCCAAUUAUUACGGGGUUUAUCGUAUUGCCACAGGAGAAGAGUGCUACACAGGGACGUAAAGCCACAGAACCUAUUAAUAAGUUCGCAUGGUGAAUUGAAGUUAGCGGAUUUUGGUUUAGCGCGCGCAAAGUCGGUGCCGAGCCAUACGUACUCACAUGAAGUAGUCACCCUAUGGUACAGGCCGCCAGAUGUACUACUAGGCAGCACGGAAUAUUCCACGUCGUUAGAUAUGUGGGGUGUGGGCUGUAUAUUCGUGGAGAUGCUAUGCGGUGUACCUACCUUCCCAGGCGUGCGAGACACUCACGACCAGCUAGAUAAGAUAUUCAAGGUGGUCGGCACUCCCACAGAGGAGAGUUGGUCUGGCGUGAGCCGCUUGCCCGGUCUAAAGGCGCACGUGACCCGGUGGGGCAGCUGUCCGGGUCGGCCCCUAGGUUCGGCUUUCCCGCGGCUCCGCGAUGGUGGCCGGGACGCGGAACGGCUCGCCGCCACUCUACUACAACCGGAUCCGGCGAGACGGCUGCCGGCUCAUGCGGCAUUGCAGCACGCUUACUUCGCAUCACUACCGCCACGGCUCAGAGACUUGCCCGAUGAGGUCUCAAUCUUCACGGUGGAAGGUGUAUGCUUACACCCGGAGACGCGACACGCCGCCAUCAAGUGAGCCGUUGCGCCGUAGAACGAUUAGUUGAAUCUGUUAUGUUGGUCGUUUGUAUGAUAUCGAUGUGCGUCGGACGCGUCCGCCUUCUCAACUAUAUAGCUGUUAGGUGCGGACACUAAUCCGUACACUUGAAAGAACUAUUCCGGACGCUACAUUCGGACAUUAACUAAACAGCCGGGAAACAAGCGCCGCGUUCGAUAUCACACGAUGUGUUAGUACGUUUCAAUAUUCCUAUGUAGUAUUUAAUUGAAAGGUCGAAAUCUGGUCGACUCGUUUUCGAAGGACCAACGUUUCGUGAUAGUUCUCUCGUCUAGUUUAAAAAACACUCGAACGGGCAUCGGAUGCCGGCGACAGUAUUCGUUUAAUUAAAUCCCCUCCCCUUAUUGUUUGUCCAAUCGUGGACUAUUUUGAAUAUUAAACGCUUGUUAAGCUUUUAACGGAAUAUCCAUCCAUAUAAUUCAAUUAUUCUAUGGUGACAAGGUAAACUGAUAGGUAUCGAGUGUACGAAUUAUGAUAUGUAUAAAUAUUAUUAGAACAGAGCAGUGCCAUGUAUAUCUUAUAACUG